GCCGCAGUUGGCAGCUUCGCAGUGGAACGGAUUCCUUUAAUGGAAUGGGCUGGACUAGUGACGUGAAUUUGGGCGGAUUCUCCCCCUGUUUCUCUUUCGUCUGCUACUCUGGGAAAGCUUAUAGUCGGACUGAGUGAAAACAAAACCGUGAGUCUGAUGGUACUGCAGAAUUAAGAGUGCAGGAGGACUAGGGAGCAGUCAGUGAGGUCGGCGGAUGAGGAAUCGCCGAAGUACGGUAGAGAUUGCAGGCGGCUGUGGAGCUGGCUUUUGUGUGGCCGGAUCAUGCCUCGAUCAUCUAUUGUAGACGUGAAGGUGCAGGACGUGCAGAAAAGACGGAUCCCGAAUAAACAUUAUGUUUACAUUAUUCAAGUCACAUGGUCCAAUGGUUCCACAGAGGUUAUCUACAGGCGAUACAGCAGAUUCUUCAAUCUUCAGAUGCAGUUGUUGGAUACCUUCCCAGUGGAAGGAGGCCAGAAGGACCCGAAGCAGCGCUAUAUUCCUUUCCUGCCAGGUAAAAUUCUCUUCAGACGAAGUCACAUCAGGGAUGUAGCAGUCAAGAGGCUGAAACCAAUUGAUGAAUACUGCAGGGCUCUCAUCCGACUACCGGCUCAUAUCUCACAGUGUGACGAAGUUCUCCAAUUCUUUGAAACAAGACCAGAGGACUUAAACCCACCUAAAGAGGAACCAAUUGGAAAGAAGAAAUCUGGGCUUGCAAUAAUCCAGAGAACGGCUUCGUUUCUAAAGAGAGGUGGAGAUGGGACAUCUGCUGACCAGUUUUUCCUGGAUCAGUAUGUGGCAGUAACCAAUUAUGACAAACAGGAAAGUACAGAGAUCAGCUUGCAUCAAGGACAAGUAGUAGAAGUUAUUGAGAAAAAUGAAUCUGGCUGGUGGUUUGUGAGCACAGCUGAUGAGCAGGGUUGGGUCCCUGCCACGUGUCUGGAGGCUCAGGAUGAAGCUCAAGAUGACCUUUCAAUUGUUAGUGCCAAGCCAGGGGAAGAGGAGAAUUUUGUUGUCAUUUAUCCCUACUCAGCAAGAGAUAGUGAUGAGAUUGACUUGGAGAGAGGUGCUGUAGUGGAGGUGAUACAGAAAAACCUGGAAGGCUGGUGGAAAAUCAGAUAUAAAAAUCAGGAGGGCUGGGCCCCUGCCUCAUACCUGAAAAAAGCUACCAGUGAUAUCUCAGGUCAGAAAAUUACUUCAGGGCAAUCUAUCCAUUCAAGUGCGAUGGACCUUGAUGGGAUUGGAAAACAGCCAGCCUCUGUGAAAGAGAUCAGAGAGAAGGGAUUGUUGUUUGACCAAAAAGAUGAAAGAAAUGAGAUCCGCGGGGCAGCAGGUGCUGAUGUGAAAGGCAAGUUACCAAAUGCAAGACAAAGGCCCCCCCCACGAAGAGAUCUUACUGUGCCACGUGGAUUGAACCUCCCCAAACCACCAACUCCUCCUGAAGUAGAAGAAGAGUUUUACACGAUAGCUGCUUUCCAGACAACCAUUCCUGAUGGCAUCAGUUUUCAGGCAGGACAAAAGGUUGAGGUAAUAGAAAAGAAUUUAAGUGGUUGGUGGUACAUUCAGAUAGAUGAUGAGGAAGGAUGGGCUCCAGCCUCUUUCAUUGACAAGUACAAAAAAUCAAGUAAUGCUUCAAGGUCAAAUUUCCUUCCGCCAUUAGCACAAGAAUUGGCAAAACUUAAACUGGAUGGAACUACGGGAAGUAGUAGUAAUGGAGAUAGUGCCUUUAUUGCUAGACCUCUUCCCAAAGAACCGGAACCAAAUGAUGCUGACUAUGACACCAUAGUUCAACACAAACUAAAAGAGCGGCGAGGAAGGGAUACAAGUAAAAGCCCAUCUUCUGACAAUAAAUUCAAUUCUCAGAUAAAUGUAGAAUCUCAAUCCAAGUCAUGUUCUCCUUCAAAUGUUAUUAAUAAUGACACUUCCAGAUUUAAUAAAGAGAAGCCUGUUCUUCCAUUAAAGAAAGAACAGAUUAACAGUAAGUUUGAGGGGGAAGUGGUAGAUAAGCAUUCAAAAGGACUUCCACCCAAGCCAAGUGUACCAGGAGGUAUUUUACCCCUGCUGCCACCAAAAAUGUCAUCUAAAGGAGACAAGAAAGUGACUGCUGAAGCAAGUAAACUUUCACAUUCGAAAGGACUUGAAUCUGGGCCCAAGAUGCUAGCAGGUGAAAUUGCAAGGUCUAAUCUAAAGCCUGUAGGGAGACAAGCAAAGUCAAAGCCUGAUACAGAAGAAAAGUCAGUGGACUCUCCCCCAAAUCAGCCACUAAAGCCAAGACCUCUUUUGAGGCCUAAGCCACUUCCUGCCUUGAAAGGAGAAAGUCAAUCCGAAUCUGAAGUUGACAUCUCCAACCUAAGAAGUAAGUUGAGAAGAGCAAAGUUGCCAGACAAAAUGGUGGAGCAGGACUCCUCCCAAAAUGUUACUGGCAAUCAAAACUACUCAAAUAAUCAAACCUCUCUAGAUUUCUGUAGCAGCUCUCCUGGAAAUGUAGAAAAUGUGCCUCAAUUGAAACAAGAUUUAGGAAUUAGCUCUAAGAUAAGUGAUGUGAAAGUUAUGCAGAGAGAACAAAAUGGUCUUGAAAGUGAACAGAAUGAUAGGGAUGAUCCAAGUAUCACUGAAGAGAAAGCAGCAAAGAGUUUAAAGCCAAGUGAGAAGAAAGGGGAUGACCCUCAACCAAAAGGCCCAACUGCAGCAAACAAAGAAGGUCCUCCCCGACCUGUUGUGCCACCAAGAAGACCCCCACUGCCAAAGAAAACCUCCGUAGAAUCUGCAGACGUGAAAGGCCAUCCAAAAGAUACAGCUGAGAACAAGCCCACGUGGGGACAAAAUAAACCCUUCAUUCCUCCACCAAGAUUUAAAUCAAGUUCAUCUCAUGAACAAAGCAAAGAUGAUAUUAAGGCAAGAGGAGCUUCAAAGGAGUUCCUCCCAACAAAAGGAUCUGUUCCAUUCAAAGUUCAUGAACACAGAAAAGAACCAAUCUUUCCUUCAAAGCUAACGGACAGACAGGCAGAACUAUUGGAAACGGGAAAAGAGAAGAAUAAUGCUGCAUCAAUCAACAUAAACCUGUCCAAAGAUGAAGAAUCUUCAAAAGAAUGUCUUUAUGUAGCUCUUGCAGAUUUUGCAGGAGAUGAGGAAACCGCUGGAUUUAAGGAAGGAACUGUAUUUGAAGUAUUUGAAAAAAAUGCCAAUGGAUGGUGGUAUUGUAAAAUCCUGAAUAGUGAACCAACAUGGGAGGGCUGGGCCCCUUCUAAUUAUCUAAUCAAAAAAUAAGUAUCAUAGUAUAGUUUUUUUUUUACACUGCAAGAUGCUUUUUUCAUAAUUAAUAUUUAAUUAGCUCAUUAAUUUAUAGGUUUACGCUUUCUAAAAGCAAUUUAAUACAUUCCUUGUGUAGUUUUAACCUAAGUUGGAACAACAUAAAGUGCAUGGUCAGAAAAUAGACGAUUUCAGUAAUUAUUACAUAUUUUACACUUCUGUUUACUCCAUUUAGUCCCUAAUGAUCUGCCAGUCAUCAACCAAGAUUAAAUAAAUGCUCUUGUUGUUUUGAGCACAUGAUAGUGUUUAAGGUACUGAACUAGCAGCUGAGAUUCCACCAUGGCACCCUGUAAAGACUGUUUUUAAAAAAACACAACCAGUUUACUAGCAUCACCCAAUAAGAAAAAAAAUGAAAGCUCUCAGUCUGCGAUUCUUACUUAUCCAUAUAUCAAAAAUGAGCUUUUCUAAUUGACAAGAAAAUUAGAGCUUAUUGCUUUUUUGCCAAUUAAAGUUGCUGUUGAAUACAUAAACAAAUUAUUGGGAUUUGGAAAUUCCAACAGUGUAAUGGUUCAUACCAGUUGCAGGUAUCAUGUAAUGUAAAUCUGGUACGAGUAAAUAUUGCCCACAAAACUGUUGUUCCUUCUUAAAGAAUUACUCUGCAUCAAUUGUUUAUAUUAUUUUUCUUUUAUAUUGUAGAAUUCUGCAUAAGUAGAUAACAUAGAAACUUUAAUAUACAGCUCUGUCAAAAGGGACACAAUAGUUUAGCGGAUAUAAUGCACGUAAAGAUUAAGAAAAUCAGUUAUACACGCAAGUAGCAUAUGGAGUCUGCUGAUGAAUUUCCAUGCAAUGACAGAGCACAUAGAUUUCUAUAAUCAAUACAUAUUGUGAACCUAACUAUAUGCAGUUAUGUCAUUGGUAUACUUCAGAUACCUCUGAGACAAGAGACUUAUGAGAGAUAAGUGGGUGGAUAAUACUUCAGACCAGUUGGUAAUAUUCUUUAAUGAUAAAGAGAGUUUGUUAAUAGGUUAUAUUGAAACAAGUUCACUAUUAACAAAGAAAAAGUGUACUGAGAACAAUGAUGAACAGAAUUUAAAUUGAGUAAUGCUCCUUUAUUCAUCCUUGUUCUUCAAAUUAUUUGUUUGGUUAAUCUCCCAUGAAUGUAAACUACAUGGGGUCUUUAAAAGAUGAUAACUAAAACAUAUUAGUUAUAAUGUAGUGUAGACUUCAUCAAACAUUUAUUAGGAAUGAUUGCUUUAAGAGGGCUUGACUGGUAUCAAGCAUAAACUUUGACGCAAGAGACUUGAAAUGUGAAACAUGCUUUUAAAAUUGUUAACAUAAUUUCUCUUAAUAAAAUUGAAAUGCAUUUGAAAGUAGCAAAAAGUAAAAUACCUCACGUUUAAACCAGGGAACAUUAAUAUUCUCCUGUCGUGCAAAACCAAGUAAAAAAUGCUUAAACAAAUGCAAUGCGAAAGUAAUUGCUUCAAUUUGGUUAUGAUAACAAAAGUAUUUUAAAAUUACAUAUACAAUAUUCAAGCAGCAUUUGAGAUUACACUGGUCCCACACCCAUUCCUUAGCUUUUCUCUCGCCUUAUAGUGGCAAUCAUCUGAAGCAUUCAAAAAGAUUGCCACUUAGCAUUGUAGAAUAAAUUUUUAUUUCAAAUGCUUGACCAACAGUUGUGACAAUAUUUUAUCUAUGCACUUCACAAGUACACUGGUUUGAUGCUGUCAACAUAACAGACAAUAUUGCCAAAUGCUACUGGAAUGGAAGCUUGACCAGGGAAAUUUCUAAAUCUGGUUUUGAGAGUUUGCAAAAGAUAAAGAAGACAAUAAUCAAAUAAUACAUUUUGAUAUCUAAAAACUGACAUUAAGUGCCAAAACAUUUGUGAGUAAUAAAUUUAUAUUAUAUUGUUAAAAUUCCAUCUUGCAUUGAGUACUUAACACAAUUUUCUGCAAUAUACUAAAGCAAAAGAAAAGUCCACUCAUUAUUCAUAUUCCAACUAAGAUUUGGCCUGUAAUACAUUAAAUAAUGUGAGAUCUUGCAAAUUUCUCUCCAUAAUCUUUCAGGUCUUUUUUAAUUGCAUUGUGUAACUGGUUUUGGAGCAAAAAGAAUUGUUAAUAUCAUUUACCUUGGCGAAAGGUAUUAGGUAAUUUCCCAAAAUUUUCUCUCGCUCAAUACAAAUCUGAGCGACUAAUGAAAUUCAGCGUAGAAAGGUUUUGAUGUGGAAUUAAUGGUUAUUCUAUCAAAAUGUUCAGCCCAUUAAAGAGAAAAAAUAAAAUUGAAGUUUUACCGUUGCCGUACAACGUUAGUAUUUCAUAAUAUGCUUACAAAAUUUUGUUACGUUACCUUUCCUCAGUAAUAUAGAUGACUACUCCUCUGCACAUAGAUUACUAAAGCCAAUCAUUAAUUUGAAUUGAGUAAUGCUUCUCUUUGAAUUCUUGUUACACAGAUGAUACUUAAAAGUGAAAGGAAAUUCUUGAGUCAAAUGUUGUAAAUGGUAGGAGCUUGCUCCCAGCUUGAUCACUUAGUAGUUAGACAUAUAUAUUUACAGUUACCCUAUGUGCAGUGUUUCACUUUUGGAAGUUUAGGGCACUUCACGAUGAACAUAACUUCCCAUUAGAUAUGGUAAGUCACUGAUGCAUUGCACGGUGCUAGAUAUAAGGGCUAACCAAAAGAAAGGGGGGAGAAAUGUGAAUAAGGAAGGAAUUAAAAUCUUUAGGCAAUGAUCUUGCAGAAUACUCCACUCUUUCGAAUUAUUUUUCAAGCAGUUUAAAAUCAACAUUCUGCGAGGAUCAGAAUGAAUGGUUGAUAGUGUGAAGCCCAGAGGGUGUUUUCCAGUAUUUAAGAUACAAUGUAAAAGCAAAUUGGGAAGGCAGGAAUGAAAGUUGGUAAUGGUGUUGAGAGUGGUUAUGAAGUUUAAAUUUGGGCUCUGUCAGAGAUUUGCAUUACACCUAACCUAGAUCAUGCAUGAAGAACUUCAUGGCACAGAGCACACAGUGGUAAUCUUCCAUUUUGUAACACUGACACACUUCAUCCUGAUAAGUAUGUUUACACAAAUAAGAAAUAAUGAUAAAACAGGGUUUUAUGUUUUAACAUGAAUUACCUCUUAAAGUCCACUGAACAACGGUGACAUCCUGACCAUUGAGUAAAUAGCAAUGGAUUAUGCUGAUCUUUGAAGUUGACAGGAAACAUCUUACAUGGGAAAUACAACAAUGUAAUUCCUGAUUUAAGUAUGAAGGGAUUUUGGCCUUGAUGUCACAUGUGGCCUAUGUUCAGUUGUCUGUAAUUUAGCCAUCAUUACUGUAGAAAACAUUACUAAUGAUAAACUGUCAAUUUGAAUUUUGGAGAAGCACUCUCUCAAACUGCAAUGUUUUUUUGUUACAAGGGUUUAUUUUGUUGAACUUUAAUAAACAUUUGCAGCUUUUGUUUUAAA